GGCCACGCCUACUCCACAGAAGACAAAGGCAAAGGCACGGGACUCAGACUAAGUCUCCAGCCAGAGAGGGAGUCACUGCACUGGUGCCUGCGUAGCUAAGAAGUCAAGAUGGCUCAGGUCCCUGACCUCUUUGAAGACCUGAAGAGCUGCUACAGUGAAAAUGAAGAAUACAGUUCCGAAAUUGACCAACUUUCUCUGACUCAGAAAUCCUUCUAUGAUGCAAGCUACGACCCACUUCCCAAGAACUGCAUGGGCCAAUUCCUGUCUCUGAGUACCUCUGAGACCUCUAAGACAUCCCAGCUUACCUACAAGGAGAGUGUGGUAGUGGUGGCGGCCAAUGGGAAGAUUCUGAAGAAGAGACGGUUGAGUUUCAAUCAGUUCAUUACCGAUGAUGACCUAGAAACCAUUGCCAAUGAUCCAGAAGAAGAAAUCCUCCAGCCCAAGUCAGUACCGUACAGCUUCCAGGGCAACGUGAAGUACCCCUUCAUGAGGGUCAUCAAAAGGCAUUUCAUCCUGAAUGACGACCUUCAUCAAAGUAUCAUUCGAGACACAUCGGGUCGCUUCCUCAUGGCUGCCGCGUUAAAUGAUAUGGACCAAGCAGUGAAAUUUGACAUGGGUGCUUAUAAAUCAGAUGACCUUAAGCGUCCCGUGACUCUGAGAAUCUCAGACACGCGACUGUUUCUGAGUGCGCAAAAUGAAGGCGAAUCCGUAUUGUUAAAGGAGUUGCCUGAGACACCCAAAACCAUCACAGAUGAGACCAACCUCCUCUUCUUCUGGGAAACUCAGGGCAAUAAGGACUACUUCGAGUCAGUUGCCCAUCCAAAGCUGUUUAUUGCCACAAAGCAAGAAUACCAGGUGCACAUGGCAAGUGGGCAUCCCUCUAUCAUUGACUUGCAGAUACUGGAAAACUACUCUUAACUCUGAAGUCUACUUACUUGUGAAAUGCUGACAGCCCAUAUGUACCGUGUACAUGAAGAAGUCAAAUCCUUUACUCUUAGUCACUUGCUGAGCAUGUGCUAAGCCUUUGUAAUUCUAAAUGAAUGUUUACUCUCUUUGCAAGAGAGGGAAUAAGGUCUAGUGAACCAACACUAAUAUAUGAUAUUGCUUGUUAUUUAAGGAACA